AUGAAGAAUUCCCACAUUUCUUGUCUUCUUUUCUUCUACCUUUUGCUGGUCUCAGCAAUCGAUCUUAUCCAAAAAUCUUGCUAUGAAGCUUCAAAAGGUAAUCCUGCUAAUGUAAAGUUGGACUUUUGUGUAUCAGGUUUUCAAGGGAAUCCCAAAGCCAAAGCAGCCUAUGGAGUUGCAGAUUUGGUUUUAGUCUCCAUUGAGACAGCCAUAGCUAAUGCCACGGCUAUCGGCUCCAAAAUAUCCAAGCUUCUGGAUAACAAAAGCGUUGGAAUGUUUGCAAGGAACUGCUUGAAAGAUUGCUCAGAGCUUUACUCUCUUGCAGGGUCUAGUUUAGAAACAGGUUUGGAUGCUUUCAGUGUAGAUUAUGGAACUGCUAAUGCAGAAAUAAGUGCUGCCUUGGAUGCACCAGUGACUUGUGAAGACCAGUUCAAGGAGAAGAACGGGUUGGUGUCCCCAUUGACAAAGGAAAACAACAAUUUCCGUCAGCUAACUGCAAUCCCCCUUGCAUUCAUGAAAAUGGUCCAGCAAUGAUGAUAACACUUGCUUGUUUAUGUGUUUACUGUCACUUCAAUAAUAUUUUAUCACCAUUAUGCUAGUGGUAAGGAGAGCUACCACACUACAAUCCCAUUAACCACCUAGUUCAUAAAUACAUACAUAUUUAUAUACGACUUAACAUUCAUCAUCAAUGUAAUACCAUCAUAACCACCUAGUUCAUGCAUAUAUUUUCUUACAUAUAGGGGUCACAUGCCCGUGUGUCUACCCGUAUGGAAAAAAAAAUCAGGCUAUUUUCCAAGCUUUAUUUCUCACCCAUUUGAUCUUUUAACUUCAC